AUGAACCCAAAAAACAACAAUCAAAGGAUUUUUCAGAGAACCCAAAUGCAAAGUUGCAAUCUUUUAUCAAUUGCAAGGUGUUUCAAUGGAUGUCGAGAUCAUACUCAAGUUUCAGGGAUCGGGACCAGGGUUUGGAACCUCAGUGACAAGCCUGUUGAGUUGCAGAUAAGGGUGGGCUCGAUAUUGAAAAAAGUUCAUACACUGAAGCCUGGAUCAUCAAAGAGGUUGAAAAGCAAGAAGAUUUACAAGGCUUAUGUUCCCGGUGAAGGUGGUCGUGGUGGUAGAGAUGGUGGUGGUGGAACGAGGAGUUUUUUGUAUUAUUAUGACGAAACGUGUCAUCCUUACAUUUGGGUACAUGACACAUCAUGUGAUUUCUCUAGGAUGGUAAGACAGCAGUAUAUCAGUCUAGAAGAUCUUAGAGAUUGUUCCGAGAUUAGGAUCUUUAGAGAUCAUAUAAAAGGUUCGAUAUCUAUUAGGAAGAAGCCUAGACAAGAUUUUUGUUGA